CUGAGCUGUAUGUGUACACAGUAGAGCUGUAUGUGUAAUGUGCAUGUAGCUGAGCUGUAUGUGUACACAGUAGAGCUGUAUAUGUGUAGUGCAGUGAUUCCCAACCGUGGUGCCGCGGCACACGUGUGUGCCGUUCAGCACUGCCCGUGGUGCCGCGGGAUUUUGCCGUGAUUUUUUUAUUUUUUAUUAUUAUUAUUUUUUUAAAUGUCCCGCCCCGGCCUGACGGCGCAGGGGGGAAGGGAAGUCUGCGUGCGCACUGCGCGCACAGCGUCCCCCUGCAUCUCCUCCCGUCUCCUGUGUUCCGCUCCGUCUCCCGCGUCCCCCGUGUUCCCCCCCUCCUUCCUCCUCUGUUCCCUGUGUUCCCCGCGUCCCCCUCCUUCACCCUCCGUCCCCCUCUCCCUUACGGCGCAGGGAGCCGAAAAUGGGUCCCUGCCUGGGGCGGAACGAGCUGCACCUGCGCCGGACUCCCGUGCCUGCUGUGGAACUGCAAGCUGCGCGGGCCGGCUUGCUUAAGGUUUAAAGGUGAAGAAUUGUGUGUGGAAGAAAUCGUGAUGAUGGCCCAGACCAGAUGGAGAAGAGAAGGCAACAAUGCAAAUUAGAGAAGACGUCAUUGGACUUGACCCCUGAGUGGGAGUAUGUAGAAGGACACAAGGAUCAGGUGAUGAUGGAGGAUCAGCAGCCCCUCACAUCAGCAGUCAGAUCCAGUAAGAGAACAGCAGCAGAGAGGUGUCCCCGUCCUCUUCUUCCACAGGAUCAGGAUCAGCUUAUGGAGAAGGAUAAAGAUCUGAACUAUAUUAAUGCUACAGACAUAAAGGAAGAAGAGACAUAUGUGAGCGGUGAUGAUCAGUAUAAGGAGGACAUUCCUACAGGGAAAGAUCUAAUCAAUAUUAAUGCUACAGACAUAAAGGAAGAAGAAGAGACAGAUGUGAGCGGUGAUGAGCAGUAUAAGAAGGACAUUCCUACAGGGAAAAAUAUGAACUAUAUUAAUGCUACAGACAUAAAGGAAGAAGAAGAAGAGACAGAUGUGAGCGGUGAUGAGCAAUAUGAGGACAUUCCUACAGGGAAAGAUAUGAACUAUAUUAAUGCUACAGACAUAAAGGAUGAAGAAGAAGAGACAGAUGUGAGCGGUGAUGAGCAGUAUAAGGAGGACAAUCGUACAGGGAAAGAUCUGAUCUAUAUUAAUGCUACAGACAUAAAGGAAGAAGAAGAAGAGACAGAUGUGAGUGGUGAUGGGCAGUAUAAGGAGGACAUUCCUACAGUUAACCCCCAAGAUGACUGUACCAGGAGAUCAGAGGAGAAUCUUAUAUCUUCAUAUUAUAAAGCAGAUGAUGAUAUCACACAAGAUACAUAUGAAGAACAUUCCAUUAUCCCAGAUACACCCUCAGCCCUUCACAGCCAAGAUCUGUCAUCUGUGAAUGUUAAGUCACAUCUUGUUGAGCAUCAGAGAAUUCACACAGGGAAGAAACUUUUUCCAUGCCAAGAAUGUGGAAAAUGUUUUAUUCUCAAAUCAGAACGUGAUAAACAUGUGAGAAAUCACACAGGGAAGAAGCCAUUUUCAUGCCAAGAAUGUGGAAAAGGUUUUAUUUUCAAAUCACAGUUUAAUAGACAUGUGAGAAUUCACACAGGAGAGAAGCCAUUUUCCUGCCAAGAAUGUGGGAAAUGUUUUACUAUGAAAUCAUAUCUUGUUACACAUCAGAUAAUUCACACAGGGGAGAAGCCCUUUUCAUGCUCAGAAUGUGGAAAAUGUUUUAUUUUCAAAUCACAGCUUGAUAGACAUGUGAAAAUUCACACAGGAGAGAAGCCAUUUUCAUGCCAAGAAUGUGGGAAAUGUUUUACUAUGAAAUCAUAUCUUGUUGCACAUCAGAGAAUUCACACAGGAGAGAAGCCUUUUUCAUGCUCAGAAUGUGGAAAAUGUUUUAUUCUCAAAUCAGAACUUGAUAGACAUGUGAGAAAUCACACAGGGCAGAAACCAUUUUUAUGCCAAGAAUGUGGAAAAUGUUUUAUUUUCAAAUCGCAACUUGAUAGACAUGUGAGAAUUCACACAGGAGAGAAGCCAUUUUCAUGCCAAGAAUGUGGGAAAUGUUUCACUAUGAAAUCAUAUCUUGUUGACCAUCAGAGGAUCCAUGUGGGGGAGAAGCCAUUUUCAUGCUCUGAAUGUGGAAAAUGUUUUACUAUGAAAUCACAUCUUGUUCGACAUCAGAAAACUCACACAGGGGAGAAGCCAUUUUCAUGCCAAGAAUGUGGAAAAUGUUUUACUAUGAAAUCAUAUCUUGUUGCACAUCUGAUAAUUCACACAGGGGAGAAACCAUUUUCAUGCUCAAAAUGUGGAAAAUGUUUUAUUUUCAAAUCACAGCUUGAUAGCCAUGUGAGAACUCACACAGGGGACAAGCCAUUUCCAUGCCAAGAAUGUGGAAAAUGUUUUAUUUUCAAAUCACAGCUUGAUAGCCAUGUGAGAACUCACACAGGGGACAAGCCAUUUCCAUGCCAAGAAUGUGGAAAAUGUUUUAUUUUCAAAUCACAGCUUGAUAGCCAUGUGAGAACUCACACAGGGGAGAAGCCAUUUCCAUGCCAAGAAUGUGGAAAAUGUUUUAUUUUGAAAUCACAGCUUGAUAAACAUGUGCGAACCCACACAGGGGAGAAACCAUUUUCAUGCCAAGAAUGUGGGAAAUGUUUUGCUAUGAAAUCCAAUCUUGUUGACCAUCAGCGGAUUCACACAGGGGAGAAGCCAUUUUCCUGCUCAGAAUGUGGGAAAUGUUUUACUAUGAAAUCACAUCUUGUUCGACAUAAGAGAACUCACACUGGGGAGAAGCCAUUUUCAUGCCAAAAAUGUGGGAAAUGUUUUACUAUGAAAUCAUAUCUUGUUGCACAUCAGAUAAGUCACACAGGAGAGAAGCCCUUUUCAUGCUCAGAAUGUGGAAAAUAUUUUAUUUUCAAAUCACAGCUUGAUAGACAUGUUAGAAUUCACACAGGCGAGAAGCCAUUUUCAUGCCAAGAAUGUGGGAAAUCUUUUACUAAGAAAUCCUAUCUUGUAGCACAUCAGAGAAUUCACACAGGGGAGAAACCAUUUUCAUGUUCAGAAUGUGGAAAAUAUUUUAUUUUCAAAUCACAGCUUGAUAGACAUGUUAGAAUUCACACAGGAGAGAAGCCCUUUUCAUGCCAAGAAUGUGGGAAAUCUUUUACUAAGAAAUCAUAUCUUGUUGCACAUCAGAGAAUUCACACAGGGGAGAAGGCCUUUUCAUGCUCAGAAUGUGGAAAAUGUUUUAUUCUCAAAUCAGAACUUGAUAAGCAUGUGAGAAAUCACACAGGGAAGAAGCCCUUUUCAUGCCAAGAAUGUGGGAAAUGUUUUACUAAGAAAUCAUAUCUUGUUGGCCAUCAGAGAAUUCACACAGGGGAGAAGGCCUUUUCAUGCUCAGAAUGUGGAAAAUGUUUUAUUUUUAAAUCGCAGCUUGAUAGACAUGUGAGAAUUCACACAGGAGAGAAGCCAUUUUCAUGCCAAGAAUGUGGGAAAUGUUUUACUAUGAAAUCAUAUCUUGUUGCACAUCAGAUAAUUCACACAGGGGAGAAGCCCUUUUCAUGCCAAGAAUGUGGGAAAUGUUUUGCUAUGAAAUCAAAUCUUGUUGACCAUCAGCGGAUUCACACAGGGGUGAAGCCAUUUUCCUGCUCAGAAUGUGGCAAAUGUUUUACUAUGAAAUCACAUCUUGUUCGACAUCAGAGAACUCACACAGGGGAGAAGCCCUUUUCAUGCUCAGAAUGUGGAAAAUGUUUUAUUCUCAAAUCACAGCUUGAUGGCCAUAUGAGAACUCACACAGGGGAAAAGCCUUUUUCUUGUCAAGAAUGUGGAAAAUGUUUUACUAAGAAAUCAUAUCUUGUUGCACAUCAGAGGAUUCAUGCGAGGGAGAAUCCAUUUUCAUGCUCAGAAUGUGGAAAAUGUUUUAUUUUGAAAUCACAGCUUGAUAAACAUGUGCGAACUCACACAGGGGAGAAGCCAUUUUCAUGCCAAGAAUGUGGGAGAUGUUUUGCCAUGAAAUCAAAUCUUGUGGACCAUCAGCGGAUUCACACAGGGGAGAAGCCAUUUUCCUGCUCAGAAUGUGGGAAAUGUUUUACUAUGAAAUCACAUCUUGUUCGACAUCAGAAAAUUCACACACAAAAGAAGAAAUUGGCGUUACAUAAGGUUCAUCAAAUCUCUAUGAAAAAUGAAAGCUCCACACAAAGAAGAGAAGCAGCGGCUCUAAGAGCCCUAGAACAUCUAUUGAGGGAAAAUGAAGAUGGAGUUGAGGCAGUGAGUGCUCCUCUGUCAAAUCUUUGUCCGAAAUCGGUCACUAUGCCAAGCUUCACCCAAUUUUCAAACAUAGAGAUAUUUGUCAACAUGGUCAGUCGGGAUUUAUCUAUGAUUCAACCUAAUAGGAAACAUUGUAACCUUUCGGUCAGAGAAAAGGAAGCCUUAGAACAAUUGGCACAAGAUGACUCCCUUGUCUGCAAACCUGCAGACAAGGGAGGAAAUAUCGUCAUGAUGGACAAAUGUGACUAUAAAAAAAUGUUUGUGGCUCUUCCUUUUAGCCUGGCCACGGCUCUCAGUGUUUUUACCAUGGUCAUGGUGGUGGUAAUUGCCAUUCUCCAAGCCCGGGGGAUUUCGGUCCUUUCUUACCUGGACGAUCUUUUGAUCAAAGCUCCGUCCCGGUCCCAAAACUUGGAGAGCCUUCAUCUCACGGUGCAGACCCUGUCUGUGAUCAACCAGGUGAAGUCCAACCUUUCUCCCACUCAGUCUCUUAUCUUCCUGGGUCUCUGUUUCGACACAGUGGCUGCUCGGAUUAAUCUUCCGCUGGACAAGCGGCGCUCACUAUCGGAGGGUGUCCGUCCCCCUUCUGUGGUGGCUUCACUCUCCCUUCCUUCUCCAGGGGCAGUCUUUCCUCCCUCUCCACUGGCAGGUCAUCACGAUGAGUCUCUCCUGUGCUGUGGAGAUGUGGAUCUCUUCAUGUCUCACCACAACAGACAGAUUUCUUGCUUUGUUGCGAAGUUCCGCGACCCUCUGGCUCUGGCAGUGGACGAGUUUGUGAUCCCAUGGUCGUCCUUCAGCCUUCCUUAUCCCUUUUCUCCCCUCCCUCUCCUGCCCAGGGUUCUGAGGAAACUGAAGGCGGAGGGCAUUCCUACCAUUGUGGUAGCUUCAGACUGGUCCUGUAACAACAAGGAAACCACACGGCUCUGUACAGUCUGCGGUGGAGAGACUCCCCGGAUGGGAAAAGGUUAUUGGAAGCUGAAUUUGUCCCUCCUGGAGGAAGCGGAGAUAAGACAGUCCUUUGUGGAUUUUCUUCAGAGUCAGAGAACAGUGCUGAGGUCUCUCCAGGUUCCUAUAAGGUGUCAGGACGUGGCGGUCUAUUUCUCCAUGGAGGAGUGGGAGUAUGUAGAAGGACACAAGGAUCAGUACAAGGAUCAGGUGAUGAUGGAGGAUCAGCAGCCCCUCACAUCAGCAGUCAGAUCCAGUAAGAGAACAGCAGCAGAGAGGUGUCCCCGUCCUCUUCUUCCACAGGAUCAGGAUCAGCUUAUGGAUCAGGGUAAAGAUCUGAUCUAUAUUAAUGCUACGGACAUAAAGGAAGAAGAGACAUAUGUGAGCUGUGAUGAUCAGUAUAAGGAGAACAUUCCUACAGGGAAAGAUCUGAUCUAUAUUAAUGCUACAGAGAUAAAGGAAGAAGAAGAAGAGACAGAUGUGAGCGGUGAUGAGCAGUAUAAGGACGACAUUCCUAAAGGAAAAGAUCUGAUCUAUAUUAAUGCUACAGACAUAAAGGAAGAAGAGACAGAUGGGAGUGGUCAUGAGCAGUAUAAGGAGGACAUUCCUACAGGGAAAGAUAUGAACUAUAUUAAUACUACAGACAUAAAGGAAGAAGAGACAGAUGUGAGCGGUGAUGAGCACUUUGGGGACAUUCCUACAGGAAAAGAUAUGAUCUAUGUUUAUACUACAGACAUAAAGGAAGAAGAGACAGAUGUGAGCGGUGAUGAGCAGUAUAAGGAGGACAUUCCUACAAGAAAAGAUCUGAUCUAUAUUAAUGCUACAGACAUAAAGGAAGAAGAAGAGACAGAUGUGGGCGUAGAUGAGCAGUAUAAGAAAGACAUUGCUACAGGGAAAGAUCUGAUCUAUAUUAAUGCUACAGACAUAAAGGAAGAAGGAAAAGAGACAGAUGUGAGCGGUGAUGAGCAGUAUAAGGAGGACAUUCUUACAGGUAACCCCCAAGAUUCUUGUACCAGGAGAUCAGAGGAGAAUCUUAUAUCUUCAUAUUAUAAAGCAGAUGAUGAUAUCACACAAGAUACAUAUGAAGAACAUUCCAUUAUCCCAGAUACACCCUCAGCCCUUCACAGCCAAGAUCUCUCAUCUGUGAAUGUUAAGUCACAUCUUGUUGAGCAUCAGAGAAUUCACACAGGGAAGAAACGAUUUUCAUGCCAAGAAUGUGGGAAAUGUUUUAUUUUCAAAUCCCAACUUGAUAGACAUGUGAGAAUUCAUACAGGAGAGAAACCAUUUUCAUGCCAAGAAUGUGGGAAAUGUUUUACUAUGAAAUCAUAUCUUGUUGCACAUCAGAGAACUCACACAGGGGAGAAGCCAUUUUCAUGCCAAGAAUGUGGGAAAUGUUUUAUUUUCAAAUCACAGCUUGAAAAACACGUGAGAACUCACACAGGGGAGAAGCCAUUUUCAUGCCAAGAAUGUGGGAAAUGUUUUACUAUGAAAUCAUAUCUUGUUGCACAUCAGAAAAUUCACACAGGGGAGAAUUUAUUUUCAUGCCAAGAAUGUGGGAAAGGUUUUAUUUUCAAAUCACAGCUUGAAAAACAUGUGAGAAUUCACACAGGAGAGAAGCCCUUUUCAUGCUCAGAAUGUGAAAAAUGUUUUAUUCUGAAAUCAGAACUUGAUAAACAUAUGAGAAAUCACACAGGGAAGAAGCCAUUUUCAUGCCAAGAAUGUGAGAAAUGUUUUAUUUUCAAAUCACAGCUUGAAAAACAUGUGAGAACUCACACAGGGGAGAAGCCAUUUUCAUGCCAAGAAUGUGGGAAAUGUUUUACUAUGAAAUCAUAUCUUGUUGCACAUCAGAGAACUCACACAGGGGAGAAGCCAUUUUCAUGCCAAGAAUGUGGGAAAUGCUUUACUAUGAAAUCAUAUCUUGUUGCACAUCAGAAAAUUCACACAGGGGAGAAUUUAUUUUCAUGCCGAGAAUGUGAAAAAUGUUUUAUUUUCAAAUCACAGCUUGAAAAACAUGUGAGAACUCACACAGGGGAGAAGCCAUUUUCAUGCCAAGAAUGUGGGAAAUGUUUUACUAUGAAAUCAUAUCUUGUUGCACAUCAGAUUAUUCACACAGGGGAAAAGUCCUUUUCAUGCUCAGAAUGUGGAAAAUGUUUUAUUCUCAAAUCACAGCUUAAUAGCCAUGUGAGAACUCACACAGGGGAAAAGCCAUUUCCAUGCCACGAAUGUGGAAAAUGUUUUAUUUUCAAAUCACAGCUUGAUAAACAUGUGAGAGCUCACACAGGGGAGAAGCCAUUUUCCUGCUCAGAAUGUGGCAAAUGUUUUACUAUGAAAUCACAUCUUGUUCGACACCAGAGAACUCACACAGAGAAGAAACUUUUUUCAUGCCAAGAAUGUAGAAGAUGUUUUAUUUUCAAAUCCCAACUUGAUAGACAUGUGAGAAUUCACACAGGAGACAAACCAUUUUCAUGCCAAGAAUGUGGAAAAUGUUUUACUAUGAAAUCAUAUCUUGUUGCACAUCAGAGAAUUCACACAGGAGAGAAGCCCUUUUCAUGCUCAGAAUGUGGAAAAUGUUUUAUUCUCAAAUCAGAACUUUAUAAACAUGUGAGAAAUCACACAGGGAAGAAACCAUUUGCAUGCCAAGAAUGUGGGAAAUGUUUUAUUUUCAAAUCACAGCUUGAAAAACAUGUGAGAACGCACACAGGGGAGAAGCCAUUUUCAUGCCUAGAAUGUGGGAAAUGUUUUAAUAUGAAAUCAUAUCUUGUUGCACAUCAGAGAACUCACACAGGGGAGAAGCCAUUUUCAUGCCAAGAAUGUGGGAAAUGUUUUACUAUGAAAUCAUAUCUUGUUGCACAUCAGAAAAUUCACACAGGGGAGAAUUUAUUUUCAUGCCAAGAAUGUGGGAAAUUUUUUAUUUUCAAAUCACAGCUUGAAAAACAUGUGAGAACUCACACAGGGGAGAAGCCAUUUUCAUGCCAAGAAUGUGGGAAAUGUUUUACUAUGAAAUCAUAUCUUGUUGCACAUCAGAUAAUUCACACAGGGGAGAAGCCCUUUUCAUGCUCAGAAUGUGGAAAAUGUUUUAUUCUUAAAUCACAACUUGAUAGCCAUGUGAAAACUCACACAGGGGAAAAGCCAUUUCCAUGCCAAGAAUGUGGAAAAUGUUUCAUUUUCAAAUCACAGCUUGAUAAACAUGUGCAAACUCACACAGGGGAGAAGCCAUUUUCCUGCUCAGAAUGUGGCAAAUGUUUUACUAUGAAAUCACAUCUUGUUCGACAUCAAAGAACUCACACAGGGGAGAAGCCAUUUUCAUGCCCAGAAUGUGGGAAAUGUUUUACUAUGAAAUCAUAUCUUGUUGCACAUCAGAUAAUUCACACAGGGGAGAAGCCCUUUUCAUGCUCAGAAUGUGGGAAAUGUUUUAUUAUCAAAUCACAGCUUGAUAGCCAUGUGAAAACUCACACUGGGGAAAAGCCAUUUUCUUGCCAAGAAUGUGGAAAAUGUUUUAUUUUCAAAUCACAGCUUGAUAGACAUAUGAGAAAUCACACAGGGGAUAAGCCAUUUCCAUGCCAAGAAUGUGGAAAAUGUUUUAUUUUCAAAUCACAGCUUGAUAAACAUGUGAGAACUCACACAGGGGAGAAGCUGUUUUCAUGCCAAGAAUGUGGGAAAUGUUUUGCUUUGAAAUCAACUCUUGUUGAACAUCAGCGGAUUCACACAGGGGAGAAGCCAUUUUCCUGCUCAGAAUGUGGGAAAUGUUUUACUGUGAAAUCACAUCUUAUUCGACAUCAGAGAACUCACACAGGGGAGAAGCCAUUUUCAUGCCAAGAAUGUGGGAAAUGUUUUACUAUGAAAUCAUAUCUUGUUGGCCAUCAGAGAAUUCACACAGGGGAGAAGCCAUUUUCAUGCUUAGAAUGUGGAAAAUGUUUUAUUCUCAAAUCACAGCUUGAUAGACAUGUGAGAACUCACACAGGGGAAAAGCCAUUUUCUUGCCAAGAAUGUGGGAAAUGUUUUACUAUGAAAUCAUAUCUUGUUGGCCAUCAGAUCAUUCACACAGGGAAGAAGCCAUUUUCAUGCUUAGAAUGUGGAAAAUGUUUUGUGAAGAAAUCCUAUCUUGUUGGCCAUCAGAGAAUUCACACAGGGGAGAAGCCCUUUUCAUGCUCAGAAUGUGGAAAAUGUUUUAUUCUCAAAUCACAGCUUGAUAGCCAUGUGAGAAUUCACACAGGGGAAAAGCCAUUUUCUUGCCAAGAAUGUGGGAAAUGUUUUACUAUGAAAUCAUAUCUUGUUGGCCAUCAGAGAAUUCACACAGGGAAGAAGCCAUUUUCAUGCUUGGAAUGUGGAAAAUGUUUUGUGGAGAAAACAAGGCUUGUUGAACAUCAAAGAACUCACACAGGGGAGAAGCCAUUUUCAUGUUCAGAAUGUGGGAAAAGUUUUACUCAGAAAUCACAUCUUGUUGCACAUCAGAGAAUUCACACAGGAGAGAAGCCAUUUUUGUGCCAAGAAUGUGGGGAGUGUUUUGCUGUAAAGUCAAGUCUUGUUCUUCAUCAUAGAGUUCACACCGGGGAGAAGUCGUUUUCAUGUUGAGAAUGUGGGAAAUGUUUUACC